AUGCGCUUAUCCCGGCCAGGUGCCAGGCCCUCGCCGACACCAAACGCUCUCACGGCCAUGGUUCCGGAUGACGAGACGCAGCAGCCUCUAGUCUCUACGUCUUCCUCGCGCCCACCCCUACAACCACAACAACAACAACCAACCGAGUUGCGCGAGCUCCUCCAUCGCUUCGCGCCUAGCAACCCACCCACGGAGCCAAAGUCCUCCCCACAGGUCAUGGUUCCACCCAGCUCUGAUUCUAUGCUCCCAGAGUCAGAGGAGAGCUCGGGCGGCAUCAUAUGGUCGCCCAAAGCUGGGAUCUCACAGUUCGCCGACGCCGAGUCGGUCGCGCAUCACCUUCCCCCGGUGACGGAGUACCCUUCGCUCGAGGAGGACGAGAGAGACGUGAAGCCGACGACGACACCAACGCCAGAUCCCCAGGAAGCCACACCUCACCGGUCGAGUAGCAACGUCACGGACCCUUCGCAAGGUGGUGAGCUUUCCCAACCCGAGGACGUCGAUGGUAGAAUGAGCGAACCCGUCGACGAUGCCGAGGAUGUCCCAACACCACCCGAUUCCAACCCCGAGGCCGCGGUACCAGCCACACCAAAGGCAGCGCGCGCGUUUCCGACAUCAUCAUCCCUUCCGGGUACCUCACCUUUCAGACCAUUAACCGACCAUGCCAUUCCCAACGUGCGGGGUACUGAGGAGAGGACGCUGAUAUCUCCAUUGCGCCACGCCACCAACAUUACAACCCCCACGAAGCAAUUUGCUGCUGCCAACGUUUCCACCUCUCGCGCAUCUUCCUCUCGUGCAGCUCGAUCGCCGACCAAGUCACCUAUGAAGAAGCGUCGGUCACGAAGCCGCUCCUCUAGCCAGGAGAGCAGCGACUUUGGUCGGGGCAUGGACCCGAAACCGAAGCCGCGUGCCCGCCUCGAGCGUUUACUCAGCAGGAACGAAGGCGACGGAGAGCCAACGCAACAGUCGAUGACAGGUGACGCCCACUCACUUCGUAUUGGCGGCCAAACGCUGCGGCGGACGGCCAGCCUGCGGCAACACAUGCCGAGCUCUGAUGGUCUGGCCGGGCCUGGAGAGGCGACCUACAUUAACGGCGAAUCAUCAACUGAGGUGGAUUCAUCAGUUGUGGACGAGAAUGCCGCAACCUCCCCGCCGCUCAACCCGUUUUACUCCUCUAGCGACCGGGCCCUACCACCUAAUGGUCAAGAUCCCCCUUCGCACACUGUACGCCGGUACAACGACCUAGACCGGUCAACUGCGUUGUCUCAGCACGCGCCGAGCGAGUUAUUCUCAGACAGUAUGGGCAGCUCCUUUGUCAACUUUGAAGCAUCAUCGUCCCAGCCAAACGCCUUUCAAGCGACUCAGAUUGCAAUUCCCCAGGCUGUCGACCCCGCACCAACGCCUCGCCAGCCCCCUCCGCAGGAGCCAUCAGCCUCUCGGGAUGAUACGUCCUCGCGCUCGCGUUCAAACAGUAACGCUCCGACCAUUCCCCCGCAUCGCAUGCUGCAGCGACGCGAUCGCAGGUCGAUGACCGAUCUGAAACCGGCAGGUGCAGUCCUGGCCCCAAGGGCUCGCCGGCGCUCCCCCUCUCCCCCUCAAGAAGCGACAUAUGUGGAAGUUGCGACGUUCACAGACCCGACUCAGGUGUCCGGCCCCACAUCAUCAAAUAAUCAACCGAAGGAGGAAUUGCCUUCGGAGCCCAACCAUGACGAGCCUCAACCUCCUGUUGAACGCACACCCCCACCUGCAUCUGUCUCUGAAGCACCUUCCUCUCAACCAAGACCUGACACUCAGCCUGAAGCCCGUGGCACCAAAUCACCUCCACCUGCGAUUCCAGAGGAGCCCUCUCGGGAUCCCACGCCGGAGCCUGCCCGACCCAGCCGUUCGAGCCCCAUAACAUAUGGGAAGCGAACGACGCCAAAAUCUAACGGCAAGGCGCGUGCGAGGCCUCCUCCAUCGUCGGCUUCAGACUCGAGUAGUUCAGCGCCAGAGGAUCCCGAAGAUGGUACAUUUCACGACUCGGAGAACGAGCGUUUACGCCGCGCGGUGUUACCAAACAGGCGGCCGAACCCCCCGAAGAAGCCAAGAGCGAAUGAUACUAUUCUGCAGCCAUCUAUGGCACGUGUCGUGUCUGACGGUGCAGGGCCAUCGCGCGCCGGGAGCCGCCAACCCAACAGAGGCAAGCGCAAGGUGUUAUCGCCAUCGCCUGAUCUCUCUGGUCCAAGCAGCGGUUCAGCCCCAGAGGACGAGGAGGACCACUCGUACCGCCCUUUGAAGAAAGUCAAGGGGAAGGGGGCUGCAAAGGCUACCGAACCAGUCAAGAAGAAGACGAAGCCGGCGUCUGUGAAGACGCGCGCGCCGUCGCUCACGCCGGUGUCUCCACUGUCGAAGGCAUCCACGAGAACCUCGCCGAGGACGACCCCGAGAAGAGCUGCUCCUGCCCCGCCAGCGCCACGCACUGCAGCAGCUGAUACCCCGCCCGUUAACGCGGCUCCAGAAGCACCUCUCCGCGUUCUGGGCUUCUGGCCAACCACGGGUGUCUACUAUGCGGGCACAGUGGUUGGCCGCAACACCAAAGGGUUCAGGAUCAAGUUCGACGACGGUUACCACGGUUCAGUGCCCGCCGACCUGAUUCGCCACCUCCGGUUGCACAAGGGCGAGCCAGUCUACGACGGCGCCAAGGCCAAUGAAGUUUUAUACAUUGCCGACGGCUUCGACGGCGAAGGAGACAAGAUUCAAGUCAAGGAUGCGCGUGGCAAGCCCCGCGUGAUCAAGACCUCGCGGCUGGUUGUGCAGUCAAACGACAUCUCGACCGGGUUCGGGGACCGCGUCGUCCUUGAGAGCCUUCUGGACGAGCGCUUCCCAGCCAAUGCGCUGCGCAGCAGCACGUCAUUACGCUCUGCAAGCCGGUUCGAGGGUAUGGUCUUCCUGCUGACCGGGACGGACAACUCCAUGCCGACUGAGGUGCUGCAGAGGAAGAUCGAAACCCAAGGCGGCACCGUUGAGAGCCGUUGGGAGGCGCUGUUCAGCAUCAGCGAGGACGGGUACGAGCUCGCCACGAGAUCAGCGCCAUUUGUUCUUCAGCUCGGCUCAAAGGCCAUCAUGACGCCCAAGGUCAUGUCUGCCCUCGCAGCCGGCGUGCCGCUUCUCGCCGCGAGGUACGUCGACGACACAAUCGCCGACGGAUCCGACUGGAGAUGCUACCUCAUCUCGCCGGGCGAGUCGCGCUUCCUCGGCAGACCGUCGUCUCAGCUCGUCGACCCGCAGUGGGGCGAAGCGGCGUGGGAUGCGUCGAGGGCGCGGUGCCUGCGCCAGCCGCUAACCGGCCAGAGCGUGCUGUUCGUAGAGCCAAGCUCGCGGUACCCGCGCCGCGACGAGAUCAAGGUCCUCAUUCCUUUCUGCCUCCAGGCUCUCGGCGGCAAAGUGCACCGCGUGGCCACGAUCCCAGCCGAUCUGGGACCGUACGACCUCGUCAUGGUGGAGGACCGCGACAAGGGCCUGACUCUGUCGCGCGCAGCACAAGCAAGCGGCAAGCUCGUCAACGCUGCGUGGCUCAAGCACUGCCUCGUGCUGGGCAAGGCGCUUCCGGCGUCGCUUGCGGAGGACAAGUAGUGUGGGG